AUGCUACCCCUCCGAGUGACCAACAACUGUAAGGAGCCCGUUUGGCCAGCCAUCCUCACCCAGGAAGGCACUCCCCCCGCCAGCUCCGGCUUCCUUCUCAAUCCUGGCGAAACAAACCCGCAGACCGUCGGACUAGAUUGGAAGGGGCGCGUGUGGGCACGCACAAACUGCAGUUUCCCUAGUACGGGAUCUCAGCCUGCGAGCGGGCAGGGUGGUGCUCCCUGCCAGACUGGCGAUUGUGGGAUGUUUUUGCAGUGUCCGGGUGCGGGGCAACCACCAGCGACGCUCGCCGAAUUUACCUUGUCAUCAGCCACGAAUCAAGCCUUUUACGACAUCUCGCUGGUGGAUGGCUACAACAUCCCGGUCGGCAUCAUCUCCUUGCUCGGGCAGAGCGGCAAUCCCAACUUGACGGACAUUCCGCCGAACCUGACGAAUCCAGUGUGUAUUGGGACGUCCUCUCUCCUUGCCGAAAUUGGCGACACCAGCGACGCCGAGUUCGGCACCAACUCGACCUUUCCCUUACCGCUCGAUCAAUCCAUCACAUCCUCCUUCGUGCAAGACUGGUGCCCCUGGCCCCUUCAGCUCGCGCCGCCCACCAAACCAGGCGAUGGAGUCUACCCUUACCCGGACGACAACAUUGAGCGGCCAAUCUUCAACCCCUGUCUCAGCGCCUGCGCAAAGUGGAAUAAAGCUAAGUACUGCUGUACCGGUAAGCACGGUACACCCGCUUCCUGCACCCCCAGCUUGUACUCCCAGCAAGCGAAGAAGGUCUGUCCCGACGCAUACAGCUACGCGUAUGAUGAUCAGACUUCGACGUUUAUCAUUCCCCAGGGUGGAGGGUUUGAAGUUGUCUUCUGUCCGGCGGGCAGGAGUACGAAGAUCUUGGAGACAUUCGGGGAUCAGUUGAGGCAAUUGGCGCAGAGCGGGCACGUCACGAGAGAUAUUGUCUCGAUGGCGCAGAAUGUGACAUAUAUCAAGGAGAAAAGUGCUGCCUGGAGGUUCGAUGAGCCGAGUCUGGGCACUGUGGUUCUGGUUCUGUUCUUGCUGUUGACUGUGCUCGGGCAGUUCGGUCCUGUAUGA